AUGGCUCCUCUGCCUCUCCUCUUCGCGCCCGUGCGUCCUCUCGCACCGCCGCGCUCAGCUCCUCCGCGCCGUCUCGGCCGCUCAGCCACGUCCAGCCAGUGCGCCACCCCGCCGAACCGAGCCCGCCAUGUCGUCAAGCCGCUCACACCGAGCCGCCGUGGUCCACCUCGACUUCAGCCGACCGCACCGACCCAGCCGUGCCGUGCCACCCACGCGCCGUCGCCGUUCGUCACGAUGAGCCCGCCUCCCUUUCCACUACUCUCCCUCUGCGCCGACCUGCGCCGCCCGUGCGCGCCAAGCCGCUGCUGCCAUGCCCCUCGGCCGCGCCUCCCGCACCGCGCCGACAUGCCGUCUCCUACCGCACCGACCCGCGCCUCCCUCGUCGCCCAGCGCCGCACCUCUCGUCGCGCUGUAGCCCCUCUGGCCGCUGUUCCGUCGUGGCCGAGCCGUCACCUCGCGCCACCGGUCGGACUGCAGCUCCACCGCGCCAUCCGGCCUCCCGCCGUCCCGCGCUCGCAUCUAUGCGCCGGGCUACCGCCAUGCGUCACCGGUCCGUGCCGCCUUCUAGUGCGCGCCUUCUCCCUCCGACUUCCGGCCGACUCCCUCCCUCUCUCUCUCUCUCCGCCGCUGGUCUUCUCUUCCUCUGGCGACCGCCUCCCGGCCUUCUUCCAUCCCGAGAAUCCCGCCGCGCCGCCCGACCAUCCCUCCACCGCCGGCAUGCCGAGCACCCUCCUUUCCUUGAGCUCCGGCCGCUCCCUCCCUUUCUUCCGCCGCCGCGCUCUCUCUCCUUUCUCCGGUCUCUCUCUCUCUUCUCUGAGUCUCACGCUCGCACAGGAGAAGCCCGGCCGGCCUUAUCCAUUGCUCAGGCCGGCGUGUCCACCGGCCACGGUCCGCGGUGGACCGCACACCCGCAGCCCACACCGGUCCACGGACCAUGAACCUAUUCCACCCGAGCCGGUCCACGGUGCACCCACCUCACAACCUCCCUCCGGUCCACAGUCCCGCGGACCGAGUUCGCGGAAUAGUCUCCCUUUUUAA